ACUCUUAACGUGUUAAUUGAUCUUAAAAAAAGAAAGAAAGAAGGAAAAAAAAAAAGAAAUAUAACCAAUAAAGUUAGAAAGAGAUAAAAUAUAUACUGCAACAUACUUUAAUCAAAUUCGUCAUCGAUUGUCAUAUAAAAAAUGCUAUAUGGAAUCCAGGUGGCAGGUGCCUAGAAAGCAGCUGGCAAGAUGGGAAAGUUGUUGUCCAAAAUUUUUGGCAACAAGGAGAUGCGUAUUCUCAUGUUGGGAUUGGAUGCUGCAGGAAAAACUACAAUAUUGUAUAAACUUAAAUUAGGACAGUCUGUGACAACUAUACCGACUGUAGGAUUUAAUGUAGAAACUGUUACCUAUAAAAAUGUUAAAUUUAAUGUCUGGGACGUAGGUGGACAGGAUAAAAUACGUCCCUUAUGGCGUCACUAUUACACAGGAACACAAGGUCUUAUUUUUGUAGUAGAUUGUGCUGACAGAGAUAGGAUUGACGAAGCACGUCAAGAACUCCAUCGGAUUAUUAAUGAUAGAGAAAUGCGUGAUGCUAUUAUUUUAAUUUUUGCUAAUAAACAAGAUCUUCCUGAUGCGAUGAAACCCCAUGAGAUUCAAGAAAAAUUGGGGUUAACUAGGAUACGAGACAGAAAUUGGUACGUUCAACCAUCGUGCGCUACAACUGGAGAUGGGCUUUACGAAGGGCUCACAUGGUUGACCAGUAACCAUAAAUUAUGAGCAAAUAUUUAUUUUUCAUCUAAUUUGGCUAUAGAUAUGGAAAAAGGAAAGAAUAUACACCUGUAUUUUUUAUUUAAAAACUUAUCACAUUACGGAGGCUCCAUUGUAAGGCACAAUUGAACAUUGAUCGAAUAUCAAUGGAAUGAUUUCGAUAAAAAGAAAGAAAGAAAGAGAGAAAGAGAAAGAGAAAGAGAGAGAUACUGCAAUUCAGAAAUGCUCCUUACAUACUGUGGUGUGUGUUCCAAUAAAUAUUGAUAAUAAGAGCAUAGUAAUAUAUCAUGAAGCCAACUAAGAGAAAUUGUAAUCAUCAUUAAUUAUUAAUUAAUUAUUAUUAUUAGCUGUCCAUUGCCACCCAUAAGAUGUAAUUAAAACAUUAUCAAAUAGAGUUAUAUACUUUCA